CCCAGUGAGCUAACAGCAGCUAGCAGCUGCGCUGUGAGCAUCAUAACUGGCGUUUAAGCGGUAAAGAGCAGAUUGUGUAUCAGUCAACCCUGCUAUCCUCAGAAUAUCUUUGAUCCUAGGUCCAUUUAUCUUGCGUAUUUGUGUGUUUUUUGUUUUGUUUUUUCUUUUUGGCGGCUCUCCGCUGCCUGUUGGUCCCAGCCGUUGGUCGCCUGUCUCUCAGCAGCAGUAGCGAUGGUUUUAUCAACAUCACAACAAGUAGCUCUAGCGUUCACGGCGGUGCUCUUUACAUUUGUCGUCCUGCCGAGGUUAUUUGGAGUAGGCGGUGGCACAGCGAAGGAAACUAAAUAUGACCCUCGCUUCAACAGAAAAGGUCCAGGUCCGGGCGCCUCCAGGGGCCAGCCCGUCAGUUUGAACUCCCCAGGCUCACAUCAGAGCGCUGACAACAUCCAGCAGAUGAAGAAACGCAUGGAACAGGAGAUGAAGAGCGACAAAUACAAGUCCAACAGCAACAAAGGCUACGUGUUCACGCUAAUGCCCCUCUAUGCCAUCGGAGUGGGAGUGUUUGCAGCUUACAAGUUCCUAAAGAUCAAGUCAUCAGAUGAUAAAGCACAAAAGGAUAAAUUUAUUAAAGGGGCCAAAAAGUCAGCAGAGGCAGAGAACCAAUUAAAUGAGUUGGAACAAAGGCUGGCACAGACAGAAAGGAUGUUGAACUCUAUCCUCACCCAGCUGGACCCGCUCACAAACUGUGUGAAAUCAGUCGCCCAGGAUCAGAAGAAUGAGAUCAUGUCACAGCUUCAGACCAUCCGCUACCUGAUGAAGAAGAGGGGAAUGGAUUGUCCGCCCAUCAACGGCAGUGAUGUUUCACAAGGUCGAAACCUGGAUCAGCUGAUUGAAUCCAUUGGAGCCAGUCAGACCUCAACAGCUACAGACACAGACAGCGUAGAAGCUCCUGAGGUUUACGAGCCGCCUUCUGAUGGCAAAGACGAGGCUGCAGCAAAGGGGGAGGAGAUGAUGGAGCUCCAGCCAGAAGAAUCUGUGAGCGAAGAAGAAGAUUUAGAAGCAGAGGCGAUGGAUGAUAAAGCAGAAGAAGACAUGGAAUGCUUGAAGCCGCCUGAGCUUGAGUCUGCUUCGUUGUCUCAGACAAACAUUGAGGAAAUCCGUGCAGAACCCGCAGCAGGACUCAGACGGCGCAACAGGCCUGAAUGAACUCUGGGAGGAGAUUAGAGAUGUGACGGUUUACUUGGAAUAAUUCUCAUCAGAAAGGCUUCCAUGACUCAUCCAGGCUUUAUGUAGUUCUGUCUGCAUGUUUAGGUGGAGGACACCAAGCAAAGAUGCAUUGAAGUUUUUAGAGCUUACAGGUUUAUAUCAAUACAUUAGAAUAUUAUCAAAGAUACCUAUAUUUUAGUCAUUUCUAAAAAAAAAAAAAAGAUUAAAAUAAAUUACAACAGAUACAAAUCUAGGGUUUAUUUCCAAUUUUGAAAAUAAUCUAAGACCAAUGAA